GUCAAAACUGGAGCAGCACUGGAUGAGCCAUUAUUCAGUUCCCGCACAAGAACCGACGACAGACCCCGGAUCUGUACCGGAGGGUCAACAGGGGAAAGAGCAGAAAAGUGUCGAGCUUUACUGCUUCCGUUGUCGAAAAUGGUUCCCAACUGAACCAGUUUUCACCCAGCACAAACCAUUGUGUACAGAGGCCCAGGAACCUGUGCCACAGGAUAAGCCUGCCAAAGGAAGUGGAGAUUUCUACUGUUAUCGGUGCCGCAAAUGGUUCCAAACGGAAUCCAUCUUCGCAAACCACAAACCGUCUUGUAUCGAGGCCACGAAAGAUAAGUAUCCAACGGAAGCCAUCCAGAUAAAUUCGGGCUUUUUAAGCAUGCAGUUCGAUUCGGAUGCCAAUCCAACUACUACGCAGCCACCGCCGGAAGAUCAAUCGAAAAAAUCCAAGCUCUACUGUCGACGCUGUCGGAAAAGGUUCCAGACAGAGCUGCUUUUCACGCACCACAAGGCGUUAUGCAAAAAAUCACAUGAGAAAAAGCCAGUGUUUGCGUGCCCGCAGUGCCCGAAGAAAUGCUCUUCCGAGAAAUAUCUAACGCUUCACAUCAACAAACAUAACGGAAUACGAACCAUUCCCUGUCGCCGCGAAGGUUGCUCCAAGCUGUUCCUGGACGCUACCGUUCGAAACAAUCACGAAAUGGCAUGCGGCAAAGAUGUUCCUGUCACUAUCUGCAGUGUGUGUGGUGCCACCUUCCGGUGGUUGGCAAGCCUGCAAACCCACAUGAAAAUCCAUGGAGAGCCGAAAUUCGCCUGUGAUGUGUGCGACAAAAAGUUCCACUCAAACUCCCGGCUCAAAAAGCACUCCGCAGUGCACUCAGAUGCCCGGAACUACGAGUGCAAAGUGUGCGGAAAACGAUUCAAGUCACACGAAGCUAACCGGGUCCAUCAGCGUAUUCACACGCAGGAAAAGCCGUACGUUUGUCACAUUUGUGGGAUGGCUUUCACGUACAACUGUUUGCUCAAAACGCACCUGGAGAAGGGACACGAUUCGCAGAACUCGGGCCGGAAGGAACUGCCUGUCCGGCCGGUCGCCACCAGUUCGUUCCAGUUUCCUCCUUCGAUGUGGCCUACGGAUGGAGGGUACUGAAAUGUCCUGUGCGAGUAACUGUGUGUUGCUGUAAUGAGGUAAACUUAUUACAGUUUAAUUUCUAUUAAUAAUUCGUCGGCAGAAAAUCAAAAA